AUGUCCCACGAACCAUCCAUCCGCAACUUUGUCGCCCGCGAGCUGGAGCUGUCCAAGCUGAUUUGUCAGCAGAAGAAAAGACAGAUGACCUACGUCUACUACUCCAUCAGGCUCAAGGCCAGAGAGAUUUUCGCUCGCGAUGUUGUCGAGAAGAUGGACGAGGAGUUCCACCAGCACAACACCAUGUUCGAGUUGACUGUGGCUGAGGAGGAUGACCUGGUCGAGUACAAGCGCUUGACGGUUUGUAUGACGCUCUUCACCGACUACAUGAUAAUAUUGGCGUUUAUAAUACAUGUCGACGCUUUCUUUACAACUUUUCUUGGCCUCUAG